CUUAGCACCUCUUACAUCGUCAACCAACGGCCAGCGCUGAGAACCGACGACAGUCAAUAACCACCUCGCGAGAUACCCUCGAUCGUCCCCCCGCAGCCCACAACCACAUCGACACUCACAAUGUCUAACGCUGAGCUGGUUUCUUCCUACGCCGCCCUCAUCCUCGCUGAUGAGGGUGUUGAGAUCACCGCCGACAAGCUCCAGACAAUCAUCAAGGCUUCCGGUAACGAGAUCGAGCCCAUCUGGACCUCUCUGUUCGCCAAGGCUCUCGAGGGCAAGGAUGUCAAGGAGCUCCUGACCUCCGUCGGUUCCGGUGGCGGUGCUGCCGCACCCGCUGCCGGUGGCGCCGCCGCCGCCGGUGGUGCCGCCGCCGCCGAGGCUCCUAAGGAGGAGGCCAAGGCCGAGGAGAAGGAGGAGUCCGACGAUGACAUGGGAUUCGGUCUGUUCGACUAAGCGGUCUCAAUCACAAUUCCAACUGCCGAAACAAAGAUCACCACUGCCACCUCUACGACGACUUCCUCGCUGUACUUCCUUUGAAAUCUCUCUGCAUUGGGUUGCGGGUCUUUAAAAUACCAUCUACGACUAAGGGAUGGAGGCCACGGUAUAUGGUCGCAGGGAACUGGAGUAGCGCGAACUUGAUGGAACCGGGUUUUGAUGAUCAGAUGCAAAUCAAAAGAGAAAUUUGCGCCCCAUGAUAUUGGUCCCAGUCAUAGCUACCCUCAAGGUCGUGACAUUUUGACAUCCCACAGAUAUCCGUCGUAGAACCCGAACAACCAAACCCUUUACUCAUCGUCAACCAAAAAAAUGCCCAAUGGGCUGGUCCCAAUAACCUUCUCUUCCGAUUGUCAACCCAAGAUCGGCAAGUGCAGCGAUAAUGUUCCAAGAUAAUUAUUCAAUGACACAGCGGCCCGUCCUGGCGAGCAAUUUCGCCCGGCUAUUCAGUACACUCUUCAAAUGAUGAGCUUAUUGCCUA